AAACGUUCUCUAAUUUCGUAAUUUCCCGUGGCACACACGCCUAUAAUUUUGUAGUUCUGUGUAAUGAUCUACGGUAGCAAACUCAUAUAAAAACCAAAUAUCGAAGUUUUCACUAUUGACAACGUUGCAUAAACACGUACCUCGACACAUUCUCGAUACUGUGCAGUAUGUCUCUCGUAUAUUUUUAAAUUUUACGUUUUUAGUACGUACUUGCUUUAUUUUUUGCCCGUUUGUACUUAUGACUGAUGUUAUGACUAAAUCUAUACUUUUGUACUGUCCAAUUUAACGAGAUGGGGCACAGUCGCUAAUGCUAGACAAUCAUGAAUCGGCAAACGUCACCGACAUCCAGUCCUAACGCCACUCGCCUGUGGAACCGCAUUCCGGUGGUGGUCUUCGCCAUCAUACAGAUUGUUGUAGGAAUGGCGCUAAACCUGAAUGACAUCAUAGGAUUCUUCGUUUUGUUAAGCGACCCAGCCAAAAUGUACAGCGCCGUCGGUUCGGUGUUCUACGUCAUGGGCACCUUCUUCAUCAUCACUGGGAUUCUGGGUAUCGUGGGCGGUGCCCGUCUGCCGACGGACACUGCGCCAGCAUCACGAAGGGCUCUCCUGAUUGCGUGUACCGUUAUGAGUAUUCUGGGCGCCAUGACCUCGGUGGUGUUGAUCGCGCUGUCAGGUACCUUUCUGGGACUUUGUGUGCAGUUUGGUCUGCAUAUCCUCAUGUUUCUGGCCAACGUGGGACAGACGGUCGCAGCGGGAAUCAAUCUGUGCAAGAUGCCCAAGACAUUGAAGGUGGCGCAGAUCGUCUUUCCGCCACCCGGUGUUUAUCCUGGAGCACAGGCUCUCGUCUGCAAUCAAGCAGGUCAGCCCAUGUACUUCGUGCCGACGCAACCAGCUGGACCGACAGCGCCUCCACAAAGCAGGGAAUCGACAUGGGACAGCCCCUCAUCCAACAGAACAAGGUCUGCCUGAUGGUUUAACGGUGCUUCUUUUUGUCACGGAAUGACUUCCUUUUCUGUUACGAGUUGUUAUAUCUUGUUGAUACCAACUGGAAUUUUACGUCUGAGAGGGCUAAUUUUUUAUGGUUCAAUCUCCAAAAUGUCUUUUAAGCCAUUGGUUGAUUGUUGACUGUCAACUUAUGUGACCGGUUACGGGGAAACAGAAAUUGAUGGUAAAACUGAUAUUGGUGAGG